AUGAUGCUCGUGGCCUACGCCUGCUACCUCUACUUCCAACUCAAGACGCACUCGCACCUAUACGAUGAUGUGUUGGCUGGGCUUCUGGGGCGUGGCUUCACUUUUCCCUUUCCUCUCUUUCCUCCGCCCCCUCCUUCCUUUCCUUCCCCUCUUUUCCCUCCUUCCCCUUCCUCUCCUUCCCUUGCUUCCCCUCCUUCCCCUUCCCCUCCUUCCUGUUCCACUCAUUCCCCUUCCUUUCCUGAUGGGGCGGAUGGGGACGACGAUGACGAUGAGGAGCAGGUGCUGGGGUUUUGGGGAAUGAUCAAGCAUUUAUUUCCACUCCUUUCUUCCAUACUCCCUUGUUUCUCCCUCCUCGUGUAUUCGCAGGACGGAGGGGAUGGUGAUGAUGAUGACGAUGAGGGGCAGGUGGAUCAUGGAGCAGCGGACGCAUGGGACACCCCAGUGGCGUUCAUCAAUGUCAUCUUGCUUUCCAUCGUGGGGAAUGUUGGAGCAGCGGACGCGUGGGACAUCCCAGUCGCGUUCAUCAGCUUCCCCUUCUGUGUGGUGGUGGGGUGGGCCAUGGGAGUGCCCAUGGAUCUCAUCUUCCAUCUCUUUGAGACCGCCACGCUCUACAUGACAGUGCUUGUCAUCGCCGCCCUGCUUCAGGAGGGAGAAAGUAGCUAUUUCAAGGGCAUCAUGCUGGUGCUGAGCUAUCUAAUCGACGCCGCCAGCUUCUAUGUGCACAACGAUAUUGAGGACCCAGACAACCCACUCCCCAUGGCGCCAGCUUCUGCUCCCUCGCCCAUGCCAUUCGGAGGCUGA